AUGGCAUCAGUCAAUGGCGCAGAGAGCCUGUCUCCGCCGCAGUCGGAGAUCGGGCAAAAGUCUAAGAAGUCCAAGAAGAAAUCGUCCAACCCACAGCGUCCCGCAGCAUCGAAUACGCCCGAAACGAAACUCUUUGAACAACUGGGUCGCAAUAUGAUUGAUAAUUUGAUCGAGGACCUCCAGGCACCACACGACACACCAACACUGCUCGACAGACUGAGAGAUCUUGGGGUUAUCAGUGUCCAGUCAUCCUUGACCGUCACGCCACCGAUAAUCAAGGCUUCAGUCGAGAAGGGAUACCCCCCGGGUUUUCAGCACAACGUCUUCCAGACAGCCAACCCUGACAAAAAACGUGGGACGGUUUCCAGUCCAAAAUCUGGGAGCAGCACAUCCCCUUCCGUGGACCUCAAAACUCUAAACAAAACCAAAGACGGCCACAGCAAUGUGUUCACGCUUGGAGACUUCGCGGCUGUGGAAGCCCUCAGCAACCUCGCCGAUGGUUAUGGCCGAGUAUCACACAUGGGAAUCCUAGACGGGUCAUACAGCUUCUUCGUAACCAAAGCUCUCAAUGCGGCGCUCUACUUCAAAGUAAAGGACAAUAUCUGCCUCGUUGGUGGCGAUCCGCUCUGCCCUGAAGAGCUCUAUUCAGAGGUGCUGGAACAAUUUGCCCAAUACCGGCGGAAGCACAACUGGGGAAUCAUCUUUGUCGGGGCCAGUGAUAUAUUCAUCUCCUAUGCAAAGGAGCAUAAGUGGACGACGAUACAGUUUGGCAGCGAGCGUGUGCUCAAUCCGGUCACAAACCCCGUGUUGAAUGAAGAGACAGCGAAGCGCAUCGUCAGCCAAAACCGCCAACUCUUGAACCCGACGAAAGGAGGUGUCACGCUUGGUGUUUACAAUCCAUCCACGGUCAAGAAUAUUGAGCUCCAGCAGAAGCUCGUUGCCGUCUAUGACGCCUGGCGAGAUGCCCGAAACCAGUCCCAAGACCCUCAAGCCUUCAUCACAGUCUAUGAUCCCUUUGCCAUUACAGGGCUCAUGACUUACGUCUAUACUAUGGAUCGGACUGGUGUUCCUAACGGAUUUGCUGCGUUGCGGAGAAUUGGUGCAAAUAAUGGUUUCCACGUUGAUCCGUGUGUGGCCGCCCCAUCGGCACCCCGGGGAAUUAGUGAUCUUUUGAUCUUUUCUUCAAUGGCAUUGUUAAACGCAGCCGGCUGCUCAUAUUUGUCUUUUGGAUAUGAACCUUUGACACAGUCCGGCGAGAUCAGCGGUAUGCCGGCAUGGAUGCAGAGAAUAACGAGGAAAACACAUAAGUCCGUCUUCGAGGGACUAAAGGUUUCAGGAAAGAAGGGAUAUCAUGAUAAGUGGUGUCCGGAUGAAGAGCAAAGAACCGGCUUGCACUUGGUGUUUCCGGCUGGUGUGCCCGGACUCCAGGAUAUUAUUGCUGUAAUGCAUUUUGCAAACAUCAGUGUUAGAAGCCUAGCAUUUGCGAGAUUGAAAAAGAUGCUUCGCCCACGAAAAAGGGAGAAGAAGAGCACAGAGGAGAAGGCCUCGACGGAGAAGGCAACGGUAGGGAAGGAUGCCGCAGAGAAGCCAGCAAAUGAAAACCCUACGAAAGUCAAGGUCCCAGGGGAGGGGAAGCCGAAGGGAAAGACCACAACAAAUAAUCCCGCAACGGAGAAUACGCCGAAAAAGAAGAAGAAGAACAAGAAGAUAUCACCGAUGACAGCGAUGAUGAUGACGAUGGAAGAUGUGACUCACGAGAAUAAUGAAGGGGGGACCCCACCUGAUAGGCGCAGCGAGAAUGGAGUGGUAGACGCAGCACAAGAUGGGGCCCAGCAGAAUGGAGUGGCGGAGACAGCACAGAGCAGGACCGAGGAAAACGGCACCGCUAACGAGGUACAUGAACUACCAAGUGGCGGGAACGAUAAGAAGAACGGCAAACCCAUCGGCAAUCCUAAAUCCCGAGCUCAAGAUAUUGAAAUCCGAAGUGGCACUCCACAAACGGUUCUCAAGGAGGUGAACUGA